AUUAAUUAAGUCAUUUCUCUUCUUCCGUCUAUCUCUCCGUUAUUAGGAUUCAAAGCUCAAAAGCAAAGAGGCCUCUCUCUCUCUCUCUCUCUCUCUCUCUCUCGCUCGCUCUGAUUCCCCUCUCCACUCACUUUCAUUCUGUCUCUGUUUGUUAUCUGAAAAUCUCAAUCUUCCAUUAUAUGCCAAAGCCAUGAAAAUAGACAUCUUCUGUGCAUCCCAAGCCUCCACUUCCGUAUGCCUUAGCCAACACCACAUCAUGGACCUCCCAUCCCAGCCUUCCUCCUCCUCCUCGGCUCAGCCGGCACCGCAGCUGGGAGGCCGAGCCAUUGACCGGCACAACCCCAUUAUCCGGGACCCCCGCAGGCUCUCCUUCCGGGCCACCAUCACCCCGACCCUCUCCGCCCCGUGCUCCUCCACCCAGCUCCCUCCCAUCAACCCCACCCCCUACCACCAGCUCCAGAAGCCCAAGAGCACAGCUGUACUAGACCCCUCUCCGAAACCGACUCCUGCCUCUGAUCAAACCAAGAAGCCGAGCCCCAAGUUGUCAUUGAAGAAGAAGAAUAAGAAGAAGAGCAGCAGCUCAGUUGAUGGAAAGCAGAGUGAUUACCAUCCUCAUCAUGCUGCUGUCACCGUGCAGAAGAGCUCUGCUACUCUCAGUGAUUUUAUCACCCCUCCGGGAUCAACGCGCUACCUCUUGGGGGACCCUGGUUCGCUCGACGGGUCGCUGGACUAUAACGAACCGGUUCUAGGACUGGUUCCAGUUCCACAGCAGGGAGUCCAUCAUCAUCAGCAGGAAAAAGAUGAUAAAUCCUCUGUUCCGGCUUCCGCUUCAAAGCUCUCUUCUUCGUCUCGCAUCAAUAAAUCCUCUUCUGAUCAGAUGGUUGUGCUGAGGGUGUCACUGCACUGCAAAGGCUGUGCGGAGAAACUGAGGAAACAUCUCUCCAGAAUGGAAGGAGUGACAUCGUUCAACAUAGACUUUGCAGCAAAGAAAGUGACGGUAGUCGGGGACGUGACGCCCCUGAGCGUACUGGCAAGUGUCUCCAAGGUUAAGAACGCCCAAUUCUGGACCUCUGCCCCUUCGGUCGUUAGCGUUCUUAGCUCCGAGAACAAGAAAUAUUAGCGAACAUCAAGUUAGGCUUUAGGUACUUUAUUCCCGAAACUGCCAACAUUAAUCGAGUCUGAAGGUUUUUCAGUUCCAUCCAGUAUGCCGUUAUGUAAAUGAGUUUGAGUCUUUUACAAGGAACCUGUAAUCAAUCUCGACUGGACAUUCUGAUAUAAGCAGAUGGAGUUCUAUGGUUCUUUCCGAUA